AUGGUGCAUAUAUUUCCAGAAAGAUUGAGGGAAUUAUGGAGCGAAUGGGAGAUCCGCGCAAUGGUUCUAGCCAGCCUCAUCUUACAAAGCAUUCUCAUCCUGAUCGGAAACAGGAGAAAGCACUCCACACAAAGCUUGCUCCAAUUCCUUCUGUGGUCAUCUUACUUGUCUGCAGACUGGAUCGCCACAGUCGCACUAGGUGUGCUGUCGAGUUACGGAGAUGGCAACGGCGACUCCACUAAACCCGAACACAUUAUAAAAGCCUUUUGGGCUCCUUUCCUUCUUCUUCACCUUGGAGGCCCAGACACCAUCACUGCUUAUUCCUUGGAAGACAAUGAGCUCUGGUGGAGGCACUUAGUCAUGCUAGUUGUACAAGUGGUCGUUGCAUUUUACAUCCUCAUUAGAGCCUGGACUGGUGAUAACAUGCUUAACUUUCUCUCACUUCCAAUCUACUUAGCUGGGAUCAUCAAGUUUGGAGAGCGCAAUUGGGUUCUGCGGUGUGCGAGUAGUAAAUACUUUCGAAAAUCGAUGUUCCCUCGUCGUGAUCCGGGUCCCAAUUACGCCAGAUUCAUGGAGGAAUAUCACUCAAAAAGAUUAGAAGGGUUUGACGUCUCAUCAGAGAGCAACAUUGAAGCUCCAACAUUUGGUGAUCAUAUCAUCAAUGUGAUUCCAUCGAACGACAAUGUCCGAGACGUUGAUAACUUGCGAGAUGCCCACAACUUCUUCGAGGACUUCAAGCGGCUGUUUGCGGACCUCAUCCUCAGCUUCCACGACAUCGUUAAAAGCAGGUCCUUCGUCCAGAACAGCACUUGCGACGUGGUUUUCAAAGUGAUAGAGAUUGAGCUGGGGUUCAUCUACGACGUGUUUUACACUAAAGCAGUUGUGGUAUACUCUCACAUGGGCGGCUUUCUCCGAUUCAUCAGUUUUUUGUGCACCGUUGUCGUGUUUUUUGCCUUUUUGUUCAUCGAGAAGCAAGGAUAUCGGAGACUGGACAUAAGCAUCACCUACAUAUUGCUGGCUGGAGCUGUUGCCCUCGAGAUAUACGCUGUCGUUUUACUACUCUGCUCGGACAGGGCAGUGCUUUGGCUGAGCAAGCAGAAGAACGUGGUGGCAGAUUCCUUGAAUCAUUCCAUUCUACCAUUUCUUCCUACUGAACCCAAGAGAUGGUCGAAUAAGAUUGCGCAGUUCAACCUAAUUAGGCUUUGUAUCAAUGACAAACCAACCAAUUGGGGUCUCCCCCAGAAGGCCCUCUGCAUUUAUGAGACAAUGGAGAUGAACCGCUAUGAGGAUUUCCAAACAGUUUCCAAGGAGUUGAAAGAGUUGAUCUUUCAACAGCUUAGAAAGAAAUCAAGGAGCGCCUUCGAUUACAGCGCGUGCAAGAGAUUAUGUUCUCAUAGGGGAUUAUGGGUUCUUGAGGAGGAGAAAUGUCUUGAUCAACUUGGCUGGAGCAUUGAGAAUGCUGAAUUUGACCAGAGCAUUCUUCUUUGGCAUAUUGCCACAGAUCUGUGCUAUUACUCCGGUAUGCUCGAAAACUCGAGUGAUGCUGAACUGAAUGAAAAGUCAAACUUUAAGGAGAUCAGCAAGUGGUUGUCUGAUUACAUGUUGUAUCUUCUGGUCAUGCGCCCCUUUAUGCUGCCCAAUGGGAUUGGACAAAUCAGGUUCCAAGACACACACGCCGAAGCAGAGGAAUUUUUCAGAGGAAGAAACUCCGUUAAAGAUGCGAAGAAAGCUUGCGCAACCUUGCUGCAAGUGAGCACUAAAAUUCCUCCGUUGGAAGUGAAAGGUGACCGGAGCAAAUCGGUGUUGUUCGACGCCUGCAAGCUUGCACAGGCUUUGAGAUCGUUGAAGUGGAAGAAGGAAAAGAAAUGGGAAAUGGUGAGCCAUGUGUGGGUGGAAAUGCUGUCUUACGCUGCUUGUCAGUGCCAAAGAAGUCAGCACGCUCAGCAGCUGAGGCAAGGUGGUGAGCUGCUCACUCAUGUCUGGCUUCUAAUGGCGCAUCUUGGCAUAACUGAACAGUUUCAAAUCUCAAAGGGCCACGCAAGAGCAAAGCUAAAUGCGCGGUAA